GUGCGAGGGGCUUGCUAAGCCUAACGCCACGCUUACUCCUCCUCGCUUGCCUUCCCUCGCUCGUACGCCGCGCUACGCCCGUUCUAGCGGCGUUUUCCCGUGGCUGCUGCUGCGGACAUCGGCAGGAGCAUCGGCUCGCAAGUAGCCUCCGGAAAACGUCUGGCAGCGAGUCAAAAAAGCAGAGACAAGUGCGCCGUCUUCCAAACAAGAGUUUCUGCGGUUUGCGCUUGUCGCCGUUUUGCGACCCGAAAGGAUGCUCGCCUCUUUCUUCGCCCAAGACUGUGUUCACAAGUGGUGGUGGUGCUGGUGUUAGUGGUGGUUGUGGUGCUGCUCAGUGGAUAAGUACGGCGCGGGGGCCAGCGCUAGCUAUUGAUGCUGGCCGGCCUUGCACUGUGAGUACCGCUGCUACGAACGUCGCCUGUGCGGUGAAGAAGUACCCCUCCACUGCGUGUUGUUUCCCCUGCGCUGCUGCUGGCUCCUCGAGGGACCCUGCGUCGUACCGUGUGGAUGUGCACUGCCGUAGUAGCCGCAGCCCCUCUCCUUGCCAUCCUCGGUGAGCUGGCUUCCCCACCGCGUAGCGUGUCCUGAGCUACGUCUAGAGGGCCACUCGUCGGUUCUUCGUUUCCACUCCGCGUGCGUCCCUCUUCGUAGCCCUGGCGUCGUCCCUGUCGCGGCGGUGAUGGCCGCCCCGGAGAAGAACCAGCGUUGGCGGGACUGCAGUGCGGCUGUGCCGAUCGUCGCCGAGCGUCGUGCGCCAUGAGCGAGCGCCAGCACCACGGCCGCCAGCAGCACCGCCGGCCCUCGGAGGACGCCGGCGGACGCAAGCUGAAGCGGCCCAAGAAGGAGCCUGCGGCGUCGUCGCCCGCGCGGGCUCCGACGUCGUCGACGACCUCCGCGAGGUCGGCCCGACGUCCCAGCGAACCGGUCAAGGCGGCCGCUACGUCCGCGCGCAGGAACUCAAAGUCCAAGGCGCAGCCGCCUCCCAAGCCCCAGCCAAAGCGGAAGCCCGAGCCACCGCCGGCCAGGCACAACGGGGAACGCGUCGUCUGCAAGCGCAGAGCAGGCGUUCGCCGUUCGCAGGGUAUCCUGGGCCUCUGCGAUUCAUUCUCGUCGCAGUGCGACCUGCGCGGAAGCCGCUCUGCUUCUGCAGUCAUGCCGCCAGGGGCCGGUGGUGGUGCCCGGACGGUUGAGCCGGUCCCGAGCCCCGGCCCCAACCUGCGGCCCAAGUUUCCUGCCUUCCUGGCAUCCGUGGCGGCAGCCGAGGAUUGGCCCACGGCCCGCGUCCAGCGUGUCGCCAGCCUCAAUGCUAUGGCCAAGGUGCACAUCUUGUACGAAAACGAGAGCCGCCCAGCCAUCGUCGAAGCAGACGACGCGCAAGAGGACUGCAAGGCCCUGGUGCCGCUGAGGACGGACCACCUGCGAUCGCCAUCUCCGCCGCCGCCGCAGUCUUCUCCACCCCAGUCUCCUCCGCCCUCAUCUCCUCCCGCUCCGAUUGUGGUCACCAGGCGGAAGAAAAAGGCCAUAGUCGCCCGAAAGGUGAUCAAGAGGAAGCGUGAUGUCCUCGACGCCGACGUGGAGAUCAUCGACACGCGGCAGUGCCGCCGCAUGGCCAGCCUCAACGCACAAGCCAUCAUGGCAGCCAGCUACAGUCGGGAGCGGAGCAGCCGCAAGUUUGACAAGGAAUCUCCAUCAUCAUUUUCUUCCUCCUCCUCCUCUUCCUCAUCGUCAACCUCGUCAGCAGCUUCAUGCGAGCUUAAGGUCGUACACCACCACCAUCAGCAGGAGAUUGUUGUCUGCUCAGUGCAGACAAAAACCGUCCACAAGACGGUGCAGGAGAAGGCUGAAGUGCCAGUGUUGCCUAGCGCCCCCAAGGGGCCGCACGGCGACGUGGUUGUCAGGCGCCCGCGCAAGAAUGACGCCAAGGCGGGAUCGUCGACGGCAGCCGACGGGGCGGCGUCCUCAUCAUCGGUGGCGGUGAGCGAGUACCGAGAGGUGGUGCGCAUCAACACCACCAAGGAGAUGGCGGUGAAGGACGAGCGGCGCGAGAAGGAGGGUGUCACGCACCUCUACCACUACCACACGAAGGCCACCUGCAUGCAGAUGCAGACGACUUACAACGGACCUCCGAGCCCCGUCCCGUCACACCCCGCAGUGCUGGGCCCUCAGGCACCGGGGUAUGACCGGGGUUUGCUCUCGGAGUGUGCAUGGUAUUAUGGUCCACCGUCAUACCCUCCGGCCCUGACGGGUCCACCUCCGAUGGCAGCAGCGGCUGCGCUCAUGCCCCCGCCCACGGCCAGUGCUAGCUCGGCACCAGGUCCUCCUGCCUACGGGGUGAACCACGUGAUGCCCAUGAGCGGGGCACCCAUGCACCGGCACUACGGCAGCGCCUUCACUGUGCCCCACUAUGGACACGCGGUUCCCUACCCACAGGCGGAGUACAUGCCCGGCUACUACCAACCUGCGGGGCCAACGAUCCAACCGCCGCCACACGACCAGUGCCUCAUUCACAAACCCGUGCCGUACCACCCCCAGCACCGGCCCGCCCCAGUUCCCCUGCCACCACCGCCCCCAGGCGGGUUCUCCUCUUCGCACUGUGCCUCGCCCCUGUGUCCUCCGCCCCCUCCCCCACAUUGUUACUCCGAACACAUGCCUUGCAGCCCCCCGCCGGCGCCCCAGGGCAGCGCCGCCUCUGGCCCCGCCCCUCCUCAAGCUUACCCACCCUAUAGGCCCGGCCCCUACCAUACACAGCCUUCUUUCCAAGCACCGCCCUCUGCCUCCAGCUCAUCCAGCACUUCGUCCCAAGUUUCGUCUUCGUCCGUGGCUCCACCCCCGGCUCCGCAGCCUCAGUCGACCACCGACUCGUACCAGAUGUCGACGACGGCACCCGCAGCAGCCGUGCCCAAGUCAGAGCCCGUCACGCCUCCAGAGACCAAGUCACCGUCGCAGGGUAACGACUUCUUGGACGCUUCUAAAGCGGCGGGAAAGGAUGGCGGGGCCAACGGCGAGUCGCGGACAACUCCGUUCCAGCCGGAAGCACAGUUAUCAGUGGCCGAGCCACUAGUCCUGACAAAGAAUGCACCCAAGCCGUCGUCAGUGAAGACCGCGACGACAACGCUGCAGCCAGAGACAAACAUCGUGGCUGUAGAACCGGUGGUUCCCGUGAAGAAGAGGCCGAGGAGUAUGGAGAAGCAGAUCAAGAGUGGCACGGUGAUGGCACAGCAGAGGUUGGGCCGAGCCUCUUCGAUGGAAGAGCGAACUGGCGACAAGAAGGGCUCUUCGGCAAAAUUGGUGAAAAGGAGCUUCACAAAGAGCGGCGAUACAGACAAGGUGUGCCUGCCGGCGUCUAAGAACGGCAUUAAGAAGUCCCUGCCAAACCAUGUGGCAGCUGUGCGUAUUACCGAGAAAAAGAGGCAGAGGCUCUCCGUUGGACCAGAGACUGACGCCCCUCCGGCCGAGAAGGAGCCUUCUGAAACAUCGGAAAAGGUUCCCUCUUCCACAUUCAUUGCACCAGUGCAUGCGGCGAGCAAAGAAAGUGCCGUGACAACGAACGCUGUGACAAACGACAGUGAAGGUGUUGUAAGUGAACAUGCUGUGAGCCCAUUGCCACCGUCGCAGACCAAGGUGCGGAAGGAGAACGGCUCGGCCACCUCGCACUCUUCCGUGGCCACGACGAAGAAAGUGCAGCUGUCUUCCGCUACUAGUGCGGUGGUGCCCAAAAACUCUUCCCUGCUGCAGGCCAGCAAGACUGCCACCGUAGUGCUUCCCCCGAGGCUGCUGUUAAGUAGCAACAACAAGCGACCACAGCGGAGGAAGUUUGCCCAUGGGUGGUCUUGGGACGGCGAGCCCUUCCAGAAGGUCCUCGUCAUGAACAACGAGGACGCUCCGCGCUACCGGUUGUGCUUCCCUGCAAUGCGGCACAUGGAGGGUGACGUAAUUCGUGUGCGGGACUGCGUGCUUCUUCGGUCGGGGACACGCAAGAUCGACCUGCCAUUCGUGGCCAAGGUGGCGGCGCUGUGGGAGAAUGAAGACGAUGGCGAGAUGAUGAUGAGCCUUCUGUGGUACUAUCGGCCUGAGCACACGGACCAGGGCCGGAAGUCUCACCACAUGGAGGACGAGAUUUUCGCCUCCAAGCAUCGAGAUGCCAACAGCGUCGCCUGCAUUGAGGACAAGUGCUACGUGCUGACCUUCGCCGAGUACUGCAGGUAUCGAGCAAAAGCAAAGAUGCUCGAAGAAGGCGUUCGGCAACCGGCACCAGUCGUGCCCGACCAAGAAAGUGGCUACCCUCGGCACGACAGGCUGCCCCCGGGUCGUAUGGACCCGCAGAUGGUGUUCUUCUGCAGGCGCGUGUACGACUUUCGUCAGAAGCGCAUCCUCAAGAACCCAUCCUGAAAAAAGUCGUGCCCGGAUGUUCACCCCACCCCUUCCCCGUUUCUUCUCAGAGGACAGCUUUAGACAACGGAUGACUCAUUCCUGCGUGGCAGUGUGGCCCACGGCAUAUCCCACGUUCCUCCUGUUUUUUUACUCUUGUUUUCUGUUAUCCCUCGUUUGUCCGUCGGCGCCAUUCCCAUUGGGUUUCGAUUGUUUAUCCGGGGCUGGGCAAUACAAAUGAAUAUCAUCGUACAGUUCUGUGUUCUCAUUACCGAAGAAAAAUGUUUCACACUCCCACUCGGCACAUGUUUUCCUCAAAGGGGCAGAACUGAGCUAAGCGUGCCAUCGAGAAAGACUGUUCAUCAAUGAGCAGGCGCUUGCAACGUGCCACGGCUUGUUUGUAGCACGAUAUCCGUCAUCAACGCGAAUUCGUUUCAAUGAUGCAGCGGUAUCCUUAUGCAAAGCCAUGAGUGAUGGAGACAGCUGCUCGUGGCUCAGGUUAUUGACACUUGUUGAGGUACAUGCAAUAACUAUGCAUGACCGGAAAUUAGGAAGACACUUGCAGGGCAUUGCAGCCAGCUACUGUUUUAGAACUGUGUGCUCAGUUCGGUGACACAACUCCAGAGACGCAAUCUGCCACAGCUGUUCAAAACAAAAUGCUGCUUUUGAUAGGUAUGCUGUUCCUAUGCAGUAAAUCUCGUCUUCUUGUACACUUGUUGAUUAGGUCUGUUCAUUAGCAUGUUUUCUGCGGAAGCAGUAAGCUUUCGUCAAAAUUUCUGAGGUUCUUUUUGCAGGAGGUCAAAGCUUUGAGGCCUUGAACGACAACUGCCAGAAGAUUCAAAAUAACCAAAUCAAACACCUGAUUGAAAGCUUCAGGUGCAUUUUAGUUACAUGCAAUAUUGGUAAUUCAGUUUUUUCGACCGUGAGUAUCAACUAUUUUAGUUUUGCGAAGGAUAGUUUCGGCAGUUGGUACUUUUGGCACCUGCUGUGUCAAGUCAUGUUAAUUUUUACAAAGUGAUGGCCUCUUUCUUUUGGCCCGUUUUUCUCUGGAAUUCUCCGGGAAAUUGCGGCUGUAUAUGUAAAAAUAUUGGACGCACUCAACACAAGUUCGUGUUUUGGUGCAUUUUCAUUAGGUGUGUGCUCGCAGUGACUUAAUCGCAAAGUUGUUUGCUUGUUUCUUGUGAAAGUGCAGUUUCUUUGUUUAAGCCCUGCAGCAUUUCGUUUAAAUGUGCAGAAAAGCUGCAAGCUCAUUCAUUUCAGUGCAAGAUUGGAGCACUGAAAGCGUCUUGUGCAGAAGACAUACGGGAAGCAUUUCGUAAUGACGAAAGCAAAGAAUGUCAUUCAUUUCAGUGCAAGAUUGGAGCACUGAAAGCGUCUUGUGCAGAAGACAUACGGGAAGCAUUUCGUAAUGACGAAAGCAAAGAAUGUCUUUGCUAUUCAGAUACCUGGACGGAGGAUUCGGCUGGCCACCAGACCGCUAUUCAGUCUUCACUGCAUAUUCCAUACUUCCUUGCUUCUGGUUUACGAAAAAGAAUGUGACAAUUGAUAUACGGAAAAGAAAUGUGUGAAUGUUCGGAUGUUGGGAACACGCCCUGCAAAAGAAAUAUUGGAAUGCGGACCAAUCGUGAUCAAACCAGGACAAAACCAGCAUCUAUCAUCAUCCUUUAGAAAAAGCAUACCACUGUCAUUGUUCCCACUGUCAACUGCUGUGUUGCCGAGGCUGUCCCCUAGAGACAUUUCUUUUUCUCGGUCGGUGCAAAGUAACUGACGUCGUGAGUGUUUUGGACAUCGAUGCAAUCGUCGUGAAGUGCUUGGGGACAUCGUGUGGAGGUCAUGUCUCCAGUUGAACUAUGUCCCACUUGCUGUAACAUACAGCGUGUGAAAAAAAGAAAGAAAACAAAAGUGACAUUGAAUCAAUGUACGCCCACACCAUCGGGAGCCAUUCAAAGAGGCAUGGGUAAUGUUAGUGGUACACUGGUGCCCUCGAGCUUCCAUGCCAGAAGUUUUGGUGUGUGCGGGGAGAGACGGGUUGUUCGUGCCGGAACUUGUCUAUAAUUUCUCUUGAAAUUUUUUUUUAUGCCACUGUGAAUCUGCUGCAUGCGUAUGCUUUCUUACGAUUCCGAGACUUGCGUGCGUCCUCCAUUUCUUAAAGCUUAGUCGUCGUGCGCUGCAGUUCCAGGCCAUGCCACUUGGCCGUCGGCUGCUACAAACGGGAUGGAAUCAUGGCAGUUGUGCAAAUGAACUCGUCUAGCUAAUUAAGUGAACUUUUGCUGCUAGAAUUAACUCGCCUGCCUGUUUUAUUUUGAACGUCACCAUAUGCCUUAUUUUUUGCUCUACGUUGUACAAAGAAGCACCCGACUAAUUUUUUAUACAAUAUCACUUUUUUUUUCGCUUUUGUCCGAGAUUGGCUGCUGUAUGCAACAUGCGCUAAUCCAGACCUUCAUUUUUUUUUCCUCCCUGCAUUUAUGCAACUGAGACAAUGCCUAUCUAUACAUAAGUACAUAUAUAAAUAGACAUAAAUAUAUAUAUAUAUAUAUAUACAUAAAAUAAAGUAUAUGGAGGUGCACACAUUGCGUUAGUCAAGAAGCUGUUUAUGUGAGCAACUUCAGGUUCUUUCACACACACCCCCACGGUAUUUACCUUUUUUUUAUUGCACAAGGACCUUAAUAUAUACACUUGUUUUCUGCACAUUUCUACAGCCUGUAGAAUUGCUCAUUUCAUUAUGUGCUGCAUGUGUCUUUACAUUGGCAUGUGUGUGUGUACUUCAUCUGCACAGUGCUUUUGAGAAUAUAACGUGUCCGUAAAGGUUCAGACCCGCCUAUUUAUUUUUAAGAGAUUCCCCUGCCCACAUGUGUUAAAGGGGCCCUGCAACGCUUUUUGAGCAUGGUCAGCAAAUGCUGCCGAUCGGUACUAGAAAUUCCCGACAACAUGCGAGUCAAAUAUUAUAGCACAGCAUGUGGCCUGAAAUUCACAAUAAAUUAUCAAAGCCAGCUAAAAAUUGCUCUCCUCUCUCGACAAAUCUGAAAUAUGCCCAAAAAUCACACAUAUUAAGCCUGUCUAUUCUGGGCGUAUCAGCCAUUGGCUGAUUUGAACAUGGCGCGCUCGCUCGUUACAGAGAUCGCUGCCGGAGGCCGCGACUUGUCCACGCGUAUCGCGAUCACACUAAAAAGCAGCGCAUUUGAAGAAAAAAAAGUGCUCAAGAUCACGAGGAAAGUGUGACGUUUUUCUGUGACCCUGCCAUCUCUCCCUGCUUAGCUUCCAGCGCUUCCGUCGGGACGAGAGAAGAGAGAAUGCAAUUGCAGCAUGCGACAAACCUAUGUAACUCCUCUCGCACUGGACGGAUUCUUAAAAUUUUUGCGGCGUUGAAUUCGUGUGGCAAUAAGCUUUUUCAGUGAAUUCAUUCUGUGGUUACUCGAAAAAGUGUUUCAGGGCCUCUUUAAGCAGCGCACCUUUUCUUCCUUAAGGAUACUGGUGAACCUUACAAGAAAGUCUGUUUUAGUGCGAAGUUAACGCAUCAAUGCACCUAUUAUGUGGGCAAUUGGAAAGGGGUGAUUUCAAUUGAAUUUGUUAUGUUCAGUUCAAUAGUUUGCUAUAUCAUUGCACGAUAUAUCUAAGUUGAACUGUUAUCAAAAAGUUUUAAGAAUUGUGCAGGGUGGACAUAACAGGGAUGACAAGGCAGUCUUGGAUCCAAAAGUCAGUUAAUUACCUGCGACUUCGUCAGAGGAAGCGCGAAAACGUUUGCGACCUGUGCGACGUGAAAUACCUAAACUAAUGUUUCAUCAUUUUAUUAUCUGUCUACACAAGGGUGAGUUGUAGGAGUCUGAAGUCUUCUGAGCUGUGUCUGACACGAGGGUCCACUCUGCAUUUAGGCCUGUGUGUGUAAAUGUGACGAAGAAAGAAACAGAUAGUCUCCUUGCAUUUCAACACCUACGACGUGCUUAUAUUAAGGAGCUUUGGGCACUGUGGAAUUCUGGCACUCCUCUGGAAAGUCGUGGUGCCGAACCGCAAUGCCGCUCCACCAGUUUUGUGUUCCUUUGGCGCACGGUGAAGACUAAGCGUUCUGAGACGUGUGGAACGACGCUUGCGCAGCAGUUAAGCAGCUCCGGCGCAAGUCGUCUUGGGUACUAGGUAGUUCUUGCCGUAAAUUGCCAAAAAAGCGCUUCGCUCGUCAAGCUCGGCAUCUCUCAUUUUGGAGAGGGAUUAUUUCAAGCUGUGCGCUGAUGACUGCAUUGGGUUUGCGAGUCCUUGCGUGUGCAGCUUGGUCGUGAACCUGCUCGUCAAACACUUUCGACGUCGCUAAGCUUGCUAGUGGGUAGCCUUUUUAAUCUUCGUUAGCGCUUGUGUGGUGUGUCUGGUGCAACAGUUGUGUUCUAUCCUUCUGCAGUGUCGCUUGCUCGCUGUGUGUUAGCAUUGUGGUGACUUUUUUUUUUGCUGUUGUUUCCUAUGGCACUUUCAAGAUGGUGGGCCAAGCAUAAAUUCAUGUGCCUGUGUAGUGGGGCAAGUGCACACCCCUCCAUGGUGUACGGCUGUGAGGGUGCCUACAAAAAAAACACUUCAUUUUCCUUCAGUCUGAUGCAAUGCUGUCUUUCGAACCAGAUGCAGAAUAUUUUGUCAAGGCUUUGCUUGUACUUGAGAAAGCCUUUUCGCUUGCACGUCUUCAGGAGUUCUAUUUUCAGCUUUCCAUUUAAAAUGAAAUGAGAAAAUUGACCGGGUUUGCUUUAGAAGGAAUGUGUAAUGGUCAUUCUCACAAGCUUCUAAGUGUUAGUCCUAGCUAGAGCUAAGAAAACAAAGUAAGUGUAGCAAGCUCUCGGAAGCUUUGGUCCUUUCCUACGACAUGGGACGGACGUGCCAAAGUGUGAUGGUAAUGGUUGCGUAACGGUGUUUAUUCAUCAGCUCUUGGUUAUCUGCACACCGUUACAGUUGCUAAAUUUUGACACCACUAUUCAAAUACACAACAUGGUGUUGAAACACCUCCCGUACUUCCGUCAGCUCGGUGGAAUCUCGAGUUUAUGGCAAUGUCCCGGAAAGCUAUCAUUCAACGUUGUUUAAUCUUGAAGGUUGGGAAUACAUCGUUGACGUCACCUUAGCUUGCAAGUUAGAGCUACUAUGUGUCUCUCGGGUUUGUUGAGCUUGAGCUGUAUCGAACUGACGGGCAGUUUUUUAGUGACAACUACGAGCAUCUCAGUCGUACCAGCUUGACAUUUACGUGGCAGAGUAAACUGAAAAAACUUUGAAAUGUAUCUUUCAUUUUCUGCUCCCUCACAAGUAACGAGUAUAGUUUUUUGACAGCUGCUUGAUUUGUCUGAAAGGCGUAUCACAUCUGCUGCUUAGGCCUUCAUCGAAAUGGUUCAAGUUGAAUCACAAGUUGGAAUGGGGACUGUGCUGCAUGAUGUGAUGCCCAAUGACGCUGCUUGGCACUUGCAGUAUCCGCCUUUUGCAUUUCAAGCUGUAAAAUCCACCUCGCAAUCGGUCUGCUAGACUACCUACCCCUCUUGCACAUCGUACGUCGUGUGUGAAGUCACCGAAGAAUGCCCAUCUGUGAUAGGUAGUAGUUUAUACAUUUGCGACGCAAGCGAACGCCGUACUCGGUGGUGUCGGCCGGCAUUUUUGUUUUUUUUUUUCUUUUAGCUGCGGCACCGGGCCCCGGGAUGGUGGGAGAGGGCAUACAAUUUCCUAAUAUGGAAGAGGAUAGGCCGCGGCGCCAUGUUUGUGCAGCCGCGUGGACUACUGCGCAAUGUCGUCUGCGCAACACAGUGCCGAUCGUCUGUCUGCGCAGCAGAAACGCGUAGUAGCGGACGACGCCAUUUUUUUUUUUUUUUUGCUCUUUUGGCGGUUUUCCGUCGCGACCGCUUUGCGAGAGGAGUCGAGAAACGCUCUCUCUUGGGGGCACUGCCUAUAUGAUAUAUCUAUGUGCGACACAUUUCGAGUAUAUCUAUAUACUAUGUGUGUAUCGGUAAGUGUGCCUCUGCGAGUGGCUUAGAGAGCAGUCUUUUUCUGGUGGUCUGUUAUACCUUGAGGUGUACUUUUUCUCGAGUUACUACUAACCUCCUUGCCGGGUCGGUACCUACGUGUUUCUCGCCAUCAGUUUCUUUCGCCACCCCAUCUUCAUUUUUUUUUCACUGCGUUAAUUGUAUCUGCCAGUUCUGUUUGUUCGUGGAUUUAUGUGUUGUUGAACGAUGCCUGUUCCUCUUUUGUCCUUCACAGAAAAAAUCGAAAGUGCAUUUGAUAAUGAGAGUAAUAAAAAGAAUGAAAAAAAA